UCCUCCUCCUCCUCGUCCUCCUGUUCUCCAGCCAUCGACGAAACUUCAAAGCUGACUUCACAGCGAUUUACCAGCGACGGAUUUAAUGUUUUAACACCGAGUGAUGCUGUGAGGGGGAAACCAGCAGAAGUGAAGCCGGGAUGUGGAGCUGUCUAACGGCUGGAUUCUGAGACGUUACCGUUGGGAUGAGUUCAUAACGUUAGCCAACGGUUCACCACUAGAGCUUCUCCGUUCUCUUCUUCUCCUGCUAGUUGAAGUGUGCCCGCUGAUUCAGUCAUGGCUCGUGGUUGCAUCUGUUGUGUUAAAUACAUGCUCUUCCUCUUCAACCUGCUCUUCUGGCUGGGUGGGUGUGGAUUGUUGGGUGUGGGCGUGUGGCUGUCAGUGUCUCAGGGCAGCUUCGCCACCCUGUCACCCUCCUUCCCGUCGCUCUCCGCCGCCAACCUUAUCAUCACCCUCGGCACCGUCGUCAUGGUGACAGGUUUCCUGGGCUGCUUGGGUGCCAUCAAGGAGAACAAAUGCCUGCUGCUCAGUUUUUUCAUCGUUCUGUUGAUCAUCCUCUUGGCAGAACUCAUCCUCCUCAUCUUGUUCUUUGUCUACACCGACAAGGUGAGUGAAAAUGCCAGACGGGACCUGAAAGAAGGGCUGGUGCUGUAUAACACAGAUAAAAACGCCGGCCUGAGGGAUGCAUGGAACACCAUACAAGGAGAGUGGCGAUGCUGUGGUGUGACCAACCACAAUGACUGGUACACCGCCCUGCAUGACAACAUGGUUCCUGACCUCUGCUGCCAGCAGGUUUACCCCGGCUGUGGGCGCAACGCCUCCAAUACCUUCUGGACACGGGGUUGCUAUGAGAAGGUAGAGGAGUGGCUGGAUGACAACAAACACCUACUGGGAACCAUUGCCAUGUGUGUGUUGGUCAUACAGCUCCUUGGUAUGGCUUUCUCCAUGACGCUUUACCAACAGAUCCACCGAGCAGGGAAGAAGUAUGAAGCCUGACGGGAGUAACAGCAUCAGUCCAAACUGUUAAUAUCAGUUACAGUUAUAAGGUAUAUCACCUAGUGUUAAUAGUAGAACAUCAGCUAGUUAUGUGUGCCACUACAACCUUUUAUUUCACAUUUUUCUUAUCUAUUGAACUAGUUUCUUACUGUUACCUUUUUAUAAAUCACACUCUUAAUGCAUGUUAUGUAAAAUAUUUGUGAUUUGACAAUCAGAACAGAGGGAAGAGAUCUUUUGUUGUUAAAAGCCAUACCUGUGGACAAAUAUAUAAUGUAUGGAUUAAUUUAGAUAAAACAAGCAUUGUGUAACUAACAUGUUCAAUAAAAGCACUCUUCACUAAUGUGA